AUGGUAGUUGGCGCACAACCACAGCCGCAACCACAGCAACAGCAGCAGCAACAGCAACAGCAACAACAGAAGCCACCACAGCAACCUGAGACGACUGCUGAAGAGGAGGCCUUGAAGAGGAACACCGAUUGCGUCUACUUUCUGGCCUCGCCUCUCACCUGUAAAAAGGGAAGUGAAUGUGAAUAUCGCCACAGUGAAUAUGCUCGGGUCAACCCCAGGGAUUGCUGGUUCUGGUUGAAUGGUAAUUGCUUGAAUUUAAAAUGCGCGUUUCGGCACCCACCUCUUGAUGGAUUGUUAGGAAGCCCAGCAGCAACUUCAGCUGGACCUUCUUUGCCUCUAUCACAUACUGUGGCAGCACCUACGACGCCUGCAACGCAUGUGACUUAUAACUCAAGUAAACAAGCAGUUCCCUGUAUUUUCUUCCAAAAAGGGCAGUGUUUAAAGGGUGACAGAUGUGCCUUCUCGCAUGGACCAAAUCCUAUGACUGGUAGUAAAGUUCCACAGGCACCAGCAACUAACCAUGGCACAGAGCCUUCAAGUCUUAAGAAGGUUUUCGGUGGCCUUCAAAAGUGCAUUCAAGAAUUGAAGGUUCCCCAGGCAAGUGCCUCAAAGUCAGUUGGAGUGCCUCCUCAAGCUAAACCCGCUCCAAAAUUUCAAACUGUUCCAGUCAGGAAUGGAGUUAGCAUUGAGAGGAAUGUGCCAUCAACUAAAGCAUUGGAUGACGAGGCUCAUAGAUACAAGGCAACAAGUGUUCCUCCUGUUAGCAAUGGAGACUCUACAAGUCAGGCCAAUCAUUUACUUCAGGCUCAUGUAUCAGACCAUCAUGGUUACCAAAACGGUAAGGAUGCUGAUGAGCACUUGAGGGAGUCCUCUCCUGGAUUUGAUGUUCUUGUAGAUGAUGAGCUCGGAGAUUCUGAUUACUACCAUGGUGAAGAUCAAUUCGGAAGAACAAGAGGUCAUGAGGGGAGGAACUUGAAUUCUGUGAAUGAAUAUGAUCUGGAUCGUCCAGCUGAUUACAAUUCAAUGGCUGAUGUUGAUCGAGAAAGGUUUUGUGACCCACGGGGCUAUGACCCUUACGAUCACAUGCAAGGGCAAUAUGCUUGGGACCAGCACAGGGCUUCAUCUGAGAGACAGUUAGUGGGUCCUGCCCGUCUUGAGAGGAGGGGUUAUCGUAAAUCUGAUAGUCCAGAGAACAUUGAUGAGUUAGAUCUGCGACAUCGUUUAUCCAAGCACAGGAGGGUAAAUGGUCUGAGAUCCAUCGUCAGCCAUGAUUAUGCACUAGAUGGUCAUGUUGAGGAGCGAAAAAACCGUCCUCGUCGGGAUUCACAGCAACUGCCCUCACAUGAGGGCUCCCUUAGUAGUCGUCUUCAUGGUAGAAUAAAGCUUCCGGGCGGGUCUCCACCAGUUAAUGGUGGUGAUUUGCACCAAGAAAGGGAAGUUGACAGAGGAAGGAGUCGAGGCAGAUUGUCACCUAGAAGGGCUCCAAUAUCCUCCCAACAAGGAAGGCUUCGAGACAGAAUAAAAGGAAGGGUAGAGGACUAUAAUAAUGAGGAGAGAAAUUUUGGGGCUCAUCGUAGUAGGAGAGAAAUAAUGGAUGACCGAAGUGAUGACUUUUCUCGUCCUAAGCGUCUUUCAGAUCUGAAAGGUGGGAAAGAUGGAGAAAAUAAAGAGCAAUCAUACCUUGGAAAACGGAAAAAUGUGAUGGAUAAUUAUCAACAAUCGGAAGGUGAUAUUUCAUUUGAAGGUCCAAAGCCUCUUAGUGAGAUUCUGAAGAGGAAGAGAGAAGCUGAAGCAGCAGCUUCUGGGAGCGGGAAAUCUUUUGUCAAUAAACAAGGCAAUAAUCAGAGAGAAAGCAGGGUGAGCAAUCCAGGUGACUCUGAGUUUGCAGUCGCAGAGGUGAAAAGCAGUCUGCCUACUGUGGCCAAGGAAAAACCCAAGUAUGCAACCGAAGAUGCAGUUGGAGCCGAAGAUGAAAAAACUGAUGUUGCUCAUGGUCAGUCUUCACAAGGACAUAAUGCUGGAGAGCUUGAAGAGGGGAUGAUUGAUGAUGAACCAUUGGAGGACCAGGAACCUGAAGCUGAAGAUCAGAGGGAAGGAGACUAUGAUUAUGAACAAGGGGAAGAUGGUGACUAUAACUAUGAAGAAGGUGAAAAUGCAGAUGGUGAAGAGGAAUACAUGGAAGAUGAAGAUGGGGAUGACUUUGCUAAGAAGAUCGGUGUCAUGUUCUCGUGA